AUGCUGUUGUUUUGUUUACUUUCGGCUUGUGCUCACUUGGUUUCGGACGCCGAUCAUCCAGUCAACAACGGGUCCCGUUCUCCUAACCAUCUCAGCCUCGGCUGGACCCACCAGACCACGGCUCUGGACGUGGGUUCGACGCCGGGCACGACGACCAAUUCGAGUCUGACGACCUUGCGACUGGCUAGUUCGAUCAGCGGCAGUUGUCUCAUCAACUCCGACGCCACCGAAAUCGGCCAGACUCAAUCGAGGGCAUUGCGGAUGCAGCACUCGUCGACGACUCUGGCCGACUCCGUGGAGACGAGCUCGUUGCUGGCCCAUGCACCGUUGACGACCAUAUUCGACCCGGUUAGCUCGACUGUCUGUCCGAAGCAGAUGGACCCAGUCUCGACUGGCCUCAACACCGGCCGGUCAGCCGGUGGCAGGUGUCCAGAGGACUCGGAGGCCCGUAUUCUCAUCAAUCCAAUGGCCCUGUCGACAGACCUGCUGAUCCCGGAGCAAGCGGUUGCCGUGGCGACCACUCGUCCGGCCGAUCAUGUCGUGUCGGAUGAACCGGUCGGCGAAGAGGAGACCUGUCCAAAGACACCAAAAUCCGAGGUAUUUGCUCCCAACGAGGUGCACUGUCAAAUCCUUGAAACAAAAGUUUGA